GAACUCAGUGUAGCCAACAUGUAACACAGUCUGUCAAAAUAUUUUGACAGUGAUAGCGAGCCGUGUUGUGCUUAUCAUUAUAAAAAUGAGGGUAGAUUGAGAUACAGCGAAUUAUAUGCGUUCGUUGACAGACACGUUAUGAAUUUCGUUGCAGGCAACCAUGAAGAUCUCAGAACAAUUCCGUGUGAAUUGUAGAUACCUCAUUUCUAACAAACAAAUUCAACCUAGGUAGUUCCUAUUGCUUAAUGCGUUUCCAACACCGAGUUUCAUUUAGCAGUGAAGAGGAACCAAACAAACAUAAAAAUUUGGCAUAGUCCGUAUUGGUGUAACAUGAGCAGGAAACGCAUCCAUGAUUAUGUGUAUAUUAUAGGUUAUAAUUAAUUCUGAUUGUUGAAGAAGCAAAUGAGGACGAAGACUUUCGUAUUAUUCCUGAGCUGUAUUGUGAUCACAAGUGUUUUUUUGAUAGCAUUCGGAAGCCAAAGACCUUCUAUUCAAACAAUAGUGAGUGAAACGCACAAACAAUUGAAUAACUUGAAGAAUUUUAAGGAAAACCUUGAAAAUGCAGAGUCUAUGCGACUUGUUGCUGAUGAAAAGUAUUUGAAUCUUUUGGGAUUUACUGAAAGUCCACGUCUAUACCCAUCAGAAAUAUGGAAAAACACAUCGUUACCUAUUGUCGUAACAUAUGUUUUAGGAGGACAGGAACAGCAAGGCAUAGGUUUCAUUCGUAAUAUAGCACACUUUUUGCCCAACCACACUAUACUUGUGUACAAUUUGGGUCUUGGAUCUUAUGGUUUGCAAAUGAUCCAAGGACACUGUAAUAGCAGCCGCUGUACAGUCAUUACUUUUGACUACAGUGCAUAUCCAUCUCAUGUGGAAGAAGAAAGGCUUUGUGCAUUCAGACCAUUAAUAAUUCAGGACGCCCUGAACAAAGCCGGUGGCGUUUUGUUUCUGGAGAAUGACCAGCGCCUGGUAACGAGUCGCAUUGAGCCACUCCUGCAGGCAGCCCUGAAGGGCGGCGCUGUCUUGAGCUGGGCCACGCACCACGCCACUUCUUCGCUCACACAUCCCAAGAUGUUUGACUACUUUCGCACGACUGCAGAAAACUUCCUGUUCCUGCGCAUGGUGGAGAUGAGUAGGCUGCUGCUGUACAACACGGCGGAAGUGCACAGGGAGCUGAUGCUGCCGUGGGUGCAGUGUGCCCUAACACAGGACUGCAUUCACCCAAUUGGAGCGCAGUCGGCAGGCUGCCGGUUCAACAAGAAGCCUCAGUACCGUUACACGGGCUGCCAUCGGUAUGACGGAUCAGCUUUCAACAUUGUUUUAGGGCUUCAUUUCCACUUUGAUGAAUCUUGCUACAUCUAUCAAGGGCAUGAUGUUUUCUUUAGAAAAGCAACACUAGACACUGAAGUAAGUGUUGCAGAUUCAAACACUACAGAUACAAUGUCUGGUGCAUAAGGAGAUAAAACAGACACAAUUAUCGAGAAUUUCCUCCACAUUUGUGGCUGCUCUACUGCCUUGUCCUUUGUUGCUACACUUUUAGUCAUAUAAAAAUUACACAUUGUGAUCAGCACAAAGUUUGUAUUGAACCCAGUGGUCAUAAGCAUGUGCCACAUCUUUGCCGUUUAAGUUGCAAUGUCCUUCUGUGAUGCAUCUCACUGAAGGGGUCCACAUUAUGUGUAAACAAUAUAUUGCUUUAAAAGACUGAAGAGAACAUCAGCGGGAGUUGAUGUCUAUACUUGAAGUAUUAAUAUGAUAAAAGACUAAUUUGCAGGUAUAUAUUUACUGCGUAUCACCUGAACAUUUUUUCUGUAAUUGCUCACAUACCCUGAAAAAUUAUGUCAAAGCAGAAAUGUCUCCUCUGCACAUAAUAGGAUAAAGUUAAACAAUAUAUUCCCAAGAAUAAAUUGUAAUUAAUGUUAUGAACUAUGAUACAGUCAAAAUUUCAGAUUACUUAUAUGUGUUUAAAUGACGAGUCUAUUUCUAGCUGCAUUCUUGAAUUUUGUAAACUUUAAAUUUAUAUUACACCUGUGUGACAUCUUAAGAUGUGGUUAAAGAAUGCAAUUAUUUGAUGUGGCUGUAGUUCCUGCAAAAUUAUGUUCUGGUCAGAAAUGUGUUUUAUUAAAUGGAGGUAAUGAGAUACGAUUAUCACUAGAAUAUAAGAUGUUAACAAAUGUUUUCACUUGCAAAAUUAUAUAAAAUUAUGUAUAUAUUCUAAAUCAUUGCUUGCAGUUAUAUAGGGCAUCAAAUAUUGUUACUACCAAAUAGUUCUCAUUGAGGGAACAGAAGAACUACAGGUCAUACCCAAAUUGUUACAGUGUUAAGAAUUGUAAAUGUAUUUCGGAGUUGUUUUUUGAUGCUGCUCCAUUUCAGAGUAAUCCAUUACUUUCAAGAUAAGCCAUGUAAUAAAAAAGAAAAACUGUUAAAUAACCUCGUGCGUAAUUUGUUGAGAGCAAAAUUAUGUGCUGUGAACAUGUACUUUAGUACACUUCCAGUGUCUUUGUUGUGCCUGUUAUAUUUAUUUAAUGAUUAUUUUUUUUGGAUUAUAAAUGCUCUCUGCCCUUUCUACAUGACAUUUAUGUAAAGUAAAUGAGAAGUUGCAGAUAUUCCUGCUAUCUACAUCCAUUCUCAGUUUUGGAAUUAUGUGUUGUGAGAGUACAGUUUGAUGUCACUUUCUGUCAGAUAUAUGUGUAGUAUGUUUGCUGAAGCCUACUGCAUUGCUUUUUGUGGCUUUGAGACCAUAAAACAAUUUUAAUGAAAUUUAA